AGUAAUGAUCUCCUUAUGCAAAGAAUAAAAAUAGGUCGGCCACAAUACCUAUUAUAUCUACUGCAUUUGCAUCUGCGCAAAAUGGCAGCCGCCAGCCUGCGGAAGGUAGCCGUGUUCGCACUCUGUUUGGGUAGUUCGCUAAUUCUGAUCGUACCUCACCUGGGUCAUGAAUUGCUCACGAAGUCUGUCGGCUGCUUCCUAGCCGUGGGCCUUUCCUACCUCAUUUCCAGUUGGUACACCGGAGGGAAAAUCUCUAGUGUCCGGGGCAAAGCCGUGCUGGUCACGGGCUGUGACACGGGUAUCGGGAAUGCGCUGGCUCGGCAUCUGGACAGCUUGGGGUUCCGCGUGUUCGCGGGGUGUCUCUUUGCUGAGGAUUCAGCGGCUCUCAGGCUGACGGCCGAAUGUUCCAAGAGGCUUGAAGUGGUUCAGCUUGAUGUGACGAGUGACCUACAGGUCUCACGGGCAGUCUCAUAUGUAAGGGAUUCUCUGUCUGCAACGGGAGACGUACUGUGGGGAGUGGUGAACAAUGCAGGAAUGGCAUGCUGGGGUGAAGUGGAUUGGGUGUCGCUUGACAGAUACAAGAGACUGGCAGAGGUCAAUGUGUGGGGCAUGAUUCGGGUCACCAAGGCCUUUUUACCUUUCAUUCGUAAUUGCGGAGGUCGUGUGGUCAACAUUAGCAGCAUGUUGGGCCAUUUCAGUGCACCUGGCUGCUCGGCGUACUGCAUCACAAAGUAUGGCGUCCAGGCUUUUACGGACAGUCUGCGCAACGAGGUCAACAAGUUUGGUGUCUCUGCCGUCAUUGUUGAACCGGGCAACUUCUCAGGUGGGCAGUCUGCUAUGUUUACUAGAGAGAACAUGUUUAAAGACUUGGACAGGGCGUGGAGCGAAGCACCAGAGGAGGUUAGAGGCGUGUAUGGCACGGACUAUUUCGAGGCCUUUAAAAAUGCAUUGGUCAACGCUUCCCACUACACUGCCACGACAAGCCUCUCACUUGUGACGGAGGCCUGUGCGAGCGCCCUCAUCGACGCCAAUCCACACGAACGAUACUUUCCCGGGAACUGGACCUCCAAACUGACUGUUUUAAUAUUCUGCUUUCUCCCAGCAUCCUUCACAGAUGUGCUGUUCAGAGUUUACCAGAGUCUAUUCUUGGUCAAAGUAAAAUGGGCCAAGAGCAAGAACCAGCGUUAACAAUAAUAAAAUAGUGAAAUUCUAGCUAUUGUGGUUCAACAGAUGGCGCUAUUCAUGUUUAAUGCCAGCCCGAACUACGAUCCCGACCAAAACUGGGCGCGACACAGUAAGCAUACUGAUCCCAAGUUCCCCGCUCCCCCAGUCAAUGUUGCUAUUUCCGGCUUGAGCACAGAGUGAGCAAUGAGAGAUAAUACUGACUGGAGGCAAGGUGUGGAGCCUGCGAGAUUCGGCCGGAAUGGUAGCUUUGCCACGCGGCAUGUUGGCAGUAAAACACGUCAUUCCUGUUAUGAACUGCAAAGCAUGACUUUCAAAUGGUCGAUAUAGAUUUCUCCUACUAGCUUACAGUUUUAAACUAAAUUCAGUGAUUUGGAUUUACAGACUGGCCUAAUUCCACAAGCUGACAUAAGCAUUUAAGGCUAACGUUUUGUGACUAUACCCCAGCACGAAUCGACCGAAUUAAUAGGUCACUAGAUUCACAAUGGUAUAUACGAAACGUAUAUCGCAAUGCUGUAAAGGAAUGGCACAAUGGCAAUCGAAAAGAAAGUUACCUAAAAUUUUGCUAAGGAAGAGCCUUUCAAUAAUACUGUACCUUCAGCAAAGUCUUGUUAACGAAUGAAACGCAGAAAAAGUAACCCAUAACACUGCUACAAGACAGCUGACAUUCAUUUCAUUUUAGUGGUCCACAAAAUGGGAGAUGGCAGUGGGAGUUUGUUUUAAUUUUUGUAAUUACUUCAAUUCAGAAGUUCUGGACAUUAUCAGGAAUAUAUAAAGGAUGGGGGCGGGAAAAUUGCCCUAGUUUCAUUGGUGACUUUUUAGAAAUGAACUGAAAUCUAUCUCUUUUUUCAUGUUUGUUUGAAAUUUUUAUGCACGUUUUGGUUGUAGUCAUCCAUAUUAGUUUAGUGCUCUUCCUUAUGUCUACUUCAACGACACCAGUACUCGCCAGUUUUGUCUGGUCUUGAAAAGAGAACAAACUAUUUAGCCUGUGGGAAUUGAGUUGACUGCAAUUCGCUAGAUAAGCUUGUAAGGGAAACUGGCAUAGGGGAGCAGUUGCUAUCUUGUUCUGUGUGCGAUUGCAUUGGUAAACUCUCUUAAAUAAAGUUUAGACUGUCCAAUAAAAGUCUAAAACAAUGACCACAGCAUUAUGACGCAGGUAAAGUAGUAAAUCACUCUAAACGGAUGUACAAAGCGCUUUUUAUGUACUGAGUACUUAUUUUGCAGGUUAUACAGCAUGUUAAGUGAAAAAUAAACGCCUUGAUAGUGCCAUAUUCGAAUGAA